AUCAAAUUUAAAGUAACUCAAUAGGCCUGCACGACGACCUCCUGGGCGGCGCUCACGACGGAGGCCGUGGCGAAAGUGGGAAUGCAGGACGUAGACAGGUCUUCGGUCAACCUCGGCGAGCUGGUGGACCCAACAGAGAGGGCAGUGGGCGUCGGUUUCCUCGUAACAACUUUGUGAGACCUGGUACCACCUUCGCGAAGGCUGCCAGCCCUCCACAAGAGGGGAAAGAGAGGGGCUGAACCGCCUAGGUCCUCGACGGAGGAAGGAGUUCAAGCUCAGGACUGGGUGAUGGUCACCAACCGGAGGAAUAGACAAAGUCCCAUCUUGGAUCCGUCGAAGAUGGAGGGGUCUUCCCUGUCGGGUAACAAGCGACAAAGAUCACCGCCUUAGUGUGGUCACUGCCUUCGCUCAACGCACAAGACAUCGGAAUGCCGGCACUUGAUGACCUGUAAGCGAUGCGGAGGAGCGGGACACAUGGCUUCUGGCUGUCGGGUGGAGUUGCUUUCGCCACCCAGACACAGAAGAGCACGACCGCCAACCAAGGCAAGGAACUCAGACAAGGUGGUUCGCUCGGCGACUUCUCAAGCACCGUUCGACCGGAUGGUGGCGAACUGUCUUCAUCCUCAGAAGGUGAAUCUCUUGCUUUCUUUGACGCAGGAGACGACGAAGCUGAGAAAAGAUUUGGCAAAGAUCAUCGUUAUCGAGAUCAUCUCCGGCCAAACGAGCGAUGAGAUUCUACUAGAAUUCUUACCAGGAGUGCUGAACACGCCGAGGGUUGAUGCUGUGUACGAGUUUCGGGGGAAUUCCUUCCUAGCAACCUUGUGCAGGGAGGAAGAAGCGAUUAAGGCCAGCAAGGUCCCGGAGCUAAGCCUGCCUUCGAAAAUGGGACCGUGCGUUAUUUCGAUUUCUCCUUGGACUGUGGAGGUGGGUUUUGUUGGCUCAGCGUCGGGGAAGGGCCAGGUUCUCCUCAUUUGGAAUCUCCCACUUCAUGCUUGGACGUGGCCUGUUCUUGUGGAGAUCUUGAAACCGAUCGGCGAGUUGGUCACGAUACCUCAGCUGAGCAAGCCUCACAAAUCGUUUCUCUCCGUUUUUGUAAGAUGCCAUCAGAGAACGUCCUUGCCUUUUGAGGUUUCCUUGAGCUUUGGCAUGAGAAGGUUCAUCGUUCUGAUCACUGAUAACUGGUUGCCUUUCCCGACCUUCCGUAAUGAUCUGGAGAAGUUUUGCUACUCCUCGGCUUCGCUGGAGUGUGAAAUAGAUUCGGAGGCACCGAGAGGACCUAGAUUCACGCACGAGGUUCCCAGGGAGGCUAACGGUAAGGAUACUAAGGGUGCUCAGGUGACGGGGAAAGACCAAGGGAAUCGUGAGCAACAGUGGAGACCGAGAUCGAUUGCGGCGGAGAACCGUCCGGUGAGCGCUGCUCCCGGGGUCCAUAGGUCCCUUGAGGAUCGAACCUGUUUGGUGAGCUCUGUUCCCGAUACCUGUCCGGUGAGAGCUUCUCCCGGGGUACUGAAUCCUUCAACUGCAUCGGCGGAGGUCAACCGGACGUCCGGCGUUCGCAGAGAGGGUGGCGCUGCCCCUGAUCUCAGCCGGACCGCUGGUCAAUUACCUCCGGAUGCUAGGUGGGGGUUCUCUGAGAUGACCGAUGGUCCAACGUCGCUGCAUGGUUCUGCAUGUGACCUGUCAGAGAGCUCUCUCGCUGUCGGAAGUGGAUUGGAUAAGGAUGUCUCGGUUGCUAGGAACAACGUUGUUGUCCCAGAUAAGAGGUUCCGCCCCCAUCAUCGUCCUACAAGUGUCACGCGCUGAGGAGAGUAAGAGACCCGAUCCCAAGGCAUCCUCGAUUGCUGGGAUGAGGGAUUCUGAGAGGUCUAGCGGACCAUGCAAUGUUGGGCCGUGCAAUACCGCUCUUUGUGUUGCUGGGCCGCUCCUUGUGAACAACAUUUCAGGGGACCCCUUAAAUAUUAAAGGGGUUGUUGGGCCUUCGGUUAUGAAUACUGAAGUUGGGCCGGAGGGUAUGGUUAAUCCGGGGAGGCCAUAUGUUUUUGGACUGGGUCAACAUGGAGGUGUUUUGGAGGACAAUAGUUUGAUUAGUGAUGAUCAAGAUAGCUCCUUUUGUAACCCAUCAAAGCCACCUUCCGCCUUCACUCCUCCGCCAAAUUUUAAGUGGGUAUUUCUUCAUAGUAUUUGGACCCUUGUCCCUGCAAAAUUUUCAGCUGACAUUACUACUAGAUCAGUAAUUGAAACUGGGUCUGAACAGUUAGAUAAACUGGAUAAUAUGGAACCUUGGGGGGAUGAUCAUCAGGAUAAUGACCUUCAGGGUAAUGAGGUUAACGAAGUUAAAGAAUCCGAGCAGGAGACAGAUAGCACUGAUAGCAGACACACAGAAGAUUCAGAGACAGACUUUGAGGAAAAAGUUCGUCGGUUGCUGCAUAGUAGACAAACUGAAGACUCUACCCUGGGGACUAGAAGAAGUGAGCGCAGGAAAAAACUCUCAUCCAGGUGGAAUGAGGAGGCCGGGCUUUGUACCACAACCGCCCCGUUCAGUGAAGAAGAAGGGAAACUCUACCUCUUCAUCAGAAGCUCCUGAUGCAAAGAAAGCCAAGUUGGAGGAGUCCAGUGGAAAGCUUAGAAGGAGCCUUGAUUUCCUUUCAUCUCGCGACUUGGAACAGAGUGCUCAGUCCGAUCCAGUUCCUCCCCAUUCUGAGGGCUAGCUGCUAGCGGUUUCGAUGUCUCUCCUUGCCCUAGGGGGGGGUCUGUCCCCCUAGUGGCUAUUGUUUGUUUUUCCUUUUGUUGUUUUUCUUGUCUGUUCUCCCACUCCUGGUGGGCUGACCCUGGACUUCUGCUCUCUGGUGCUUGUAUGCUUGUUCUUUUUUUCUU